AUGUUCACCUGGAGGUUUCUCUUUGGGGCCGUCACCAUGUGUUCAGAGGCCAAACAUUUUCAUUAUUGGAAGAAAGAGGUCCUUGGUUGCAAGAAGAAAAGUUUGGUAGAAGGUCCCUAUGGUGGUGGCUCAUUCUCUAUGGAGACCCAGGUUGAAGAAGACGUGCAAAACAUGGCUGAUUCUUGUGGUCAAGAAUCCUUUCUAAGGGGGAUGGAAUGUCAUGUGCUUUAA